AUGGCUUCCAGGCUCAGAAAGCGUGCGUCAGGUGCUGGUGAAAUUGUAAACGAUGAACAUCCCCAGUUGAAAAGAACGAAGUUUAGUGCUACUGGAAAUGUUGAUGCAAAUGGGGAUCGGUACUGGGAAAUAUCAAAACUGCGUCGUGUCACUAUUUCCUCAUUUCGAGGAAAGACACUGGUAAAUAUCAGGGAAUACUACGAGAAAGAUGGCCAAGAGCUUCCCGGCAAGAAAGGCAUCUCGUUGCCAAUCGACCAAUUUUCAUCCCUUGUCACCUUAUUGCCUGAUAUUGAGCUUACACUAAAGGAUUCUGGAGUGUAUGUUCCACGACCAGAUUACGCCUGCAGACAUAGUAUCCCAAAUCAAGACCACAAUGAAGCUUCUGGUGGUGAUAGUGGGCUUGGAGCAUCGCGCCUGCCAAGAAAAAACAUUGAAGCGACAAGCGAGGAGGAUGAGAGUGAGGAGUAG